AUGGCAACUAUCAACGACCAUUGCUGGCCAGAACCCAUUGUACUUGUACAAAUCCUUUCAAACUCGGGUGUGCCCACUGUGCCUCAACAAUACAUCAAACCUCCAUCUGAGCAUCCUUGUGGUAGCAUAACUAGCAUGAAUUGUCCUGAUCUUAGCAUCCCUAUCAUUGAUCUUGCAUGCUUCUCUGACAUCCCUGAGCAUCGCAAAGCGGUGCUAGAAGCAAUCGGUGAAGCAUGCAAGAACUGGAGAUUCUUCCAAGUAGUGAAUCAUGGUGUGGGCAUAGAUUCAGUAAAGAGGAUGAGAGAGGCAUGGAGGGAGUUCUUUGACCUGCCAAUGGAAGAGAAAAAGUUAUAUGCAAACUCACCGGUGACAUAUGAGGGCUAUGGGAGCCGCCUUGGAGUUGAGAAAGGUGCAACCUUGGAUUGGAGUGACUAUUACUUCCUAAAUCUCCUGCCAAAUGAUAUGAAGAACCUUGAGAAGUGGCCAGAGAUGCCUCAUCACCUGAGGGAGGUGACUGAGAAGUAUGCAUCUGAGCUAAUGAAUCUGAGUGAAAUAUUGCUAAAGGCCAUGUCAAGCACCUUAGGGUUAGAUGAGGACUACCUUCACAUGGCCUUUGGUGGAAGUAAGGGCAUCUCAGCAAACAUGCGUGUCAACUACUAUCCAAAGUGCCCAGAGCCUGAGCUGACCCUUGGCCUCUCCUCUCACUCUGACCCUGGUGGAAUGCUUCUAUGCAUGGGAUGCCCACAAACGGUUCUGUCAGGAAAGACAACUCUACAGAAAGCUUCGAUAUGGAAUGUCAAGAGAAACAUCCGGACAUUAUUCCAACUAGCUCAUCCCAUGAAAGGAAGUUUUCUUUUAGUUCUUGUUCAUCAGAUGGACUCCUUUCGUCCAAAGAGAGGUUUGUUCUUGUUUACAGGCUAA